AUGACGAAUUUGGAGAGAGGACUGUUUCUAUUCUGCUGGACGGGGAGGAAUCAGAAAUGAUUUUCAUCGAUCAUCCUUCAUCUGAAAUGUCGGUGGAGAAUUCAUUAAGUACUUAUGAACCGCAUGCUUGUGUGAUGGUUUACUCUGUGGUAUCUAGAUCUAGUUUCCAACAUGCCGAGGAAACACUCAACUAUUUGUGGAGGGAAGGAUACACCCAGGAAAAGAGCGUUAUAGUCGUGGGAAACAAGGCUGAUCUAGCCAGAGCCAGAGUUAUACCAACCAAUGAGGGAAAAGCAUUAGCAGUGGCCAGAGACUGUAAAUUUAUAGAGACAUCGAGUGGCAUACAGCACAACGUGGACGAACUUCUCGUGGGGAUUCUGAAACAGAUCAGGUUGAGAGAGUCCAGAGAAAAGAAAAAAUCCAAUCUGAAGAAGGACACCAACAAACUACACGGUUCGAAAACGAGUCUCAGUUUGAAUAUAGCCAGGGAGAUACUACAAAAAAUUUGCAUGAACGAUAUUAGUAAAUCCAAGUCUUGUGAAAACUUACAUGUUUUAUAAAUAACUUGCAAAAAUUUCAGAAAUAACUAUUUUUCUAUGAAUUGGGACUAUUCUACUAACUUUUUACUCUUUCAUUAAUGAAAUUCUAAACGAGUCUAUGUUGAUUAGAUGUGUAUGUUAAUUCGUAUAGUAACCUGUAAAUUAGUCAUUUUUCGGUUGAAAAUUUUCAUGCAGUAACAAUUUCACUUUCUACGAUAAUAUCUUCAUAUCUUUCUACUAGAAUAUAGGUAUAUCGCGUAUUAAAAAUGACCACCUCGAUAAACAUUUUCAGUCUAUAAUUACUGCAUGUGGUGUAUACAUUUUACACACACCCUACCAAAAUAGAGAAGAAGAAUCUCUUAUGCUUGUUCUCAUUUACAUAAUAUUCGUAAGGAAAUGUUUGAAACUUUCAUUACACACCUAAGUAUUAUUUUCUAUUUCUA